AUGGAAACAAAGACUCAUUAUACUUUCAUAUGUAAUGAUUUUGGAUUUUGUGGCCCUGCUGAUAAACCAUUAGGAAGUAUAUAUGGAAAUCUUCCUUAUAUAGCACCCGAAGUUAUUAAUGGAAAAGGUUAUACUUUUGCAUCAGAUAUUUAUAGUUUCGGCAUGCUUAUGUGGGAGAUUUCAUCUGGACAACCACCAUUUGCUGGUUUGGAACAUAAUUAUGAUCUUGUAAUGAAAAUAAUGAACGGAAUGCGACCAAUAAUAGUACCAGGAACUCCAUUGGAAUAUGCAAAUUUAAUACGACGAAAGCUACUUGAAGGAAAAGAAUAUGGUAAUGUUUGUGUUUGUAAGUUAAAAUCGGAAAAGGACUUACCAUUGUUUUUAAACAAUCCGGUAAAGAACGGUGAAAAAGUCUAUUCCAAAUAUGUUAAAGAACGAAUCUUAAUCAAGUACCAAGGUGGAUUCGCUUCUCGUGAUGAAACUUUGCUUCAAAAUGUUAUCCAUGAUGGAAAUCGCUUCUGGAAUGUUUCUCAUGAUGGAAAUUGUUUACGGAAGAUGAGAUUCUCCUCCUUCAUGACAUAUGGCGCUGACGCAAUUUUACGACUUCAUCAUGAAAAUUCUAUUCAUAGAGAUUUGCAUUCAGGUAAUAUAUUAUAUACUAAAAAUAUAGAUUUUUGGGUUAUUAGUGAUUUUAGAUUUUGUGGCCCUGCAGAUAAACUAUUAGGAAGUAUAUAUGGAAAUCUUCCUUAUAUAGCACCUGAAGUUAUAUUUGGAAAAGGAUAUACAUUUGCAUCAGAUAUUUAUAGUAUCGGUAUGCUUAUGUGGGAGAUUUCAUCUGGACAACUGCCAUUUGCUGGUUAUGAACAUAAUUAUGAUCUUGUAAUGAAAAUUAUGAAUGGAAUGAGACCAAAAAUAAUACCAGGAACUCCAUUGGUAUAUGCAAAUUUAAUGGUACAAUGUUGGGAUGCUGAUCCAUUUAAAAGACCAAAAAUUAAUAUUCUUAGAAAGAAAAUCUUACAAAUGAGAAAUUUAUAG